AUGGCUUCUUUCCUUUUCUUGGACUAUGUCCUUUUCCUUGCGAGCAUCUAUUUUCUUCAACGCCUAGUUUCCAAACGACAUGCACCUCUACCCCCUGGUCCUCGUGGCUACCCUCUCAUUGGCAACAUCUUUGACAUGCCCACCGACCGCCCAUGGCUGACUUUUGCCCGUUGGGCUGAAAUAUGGGGUGAUGUCUGCUCCCUGUCAAUAUUUGGUCAAUCUUUCAUCGUCCUAAACUCUUAUCGCUCCGCCUAUGCCCUCCUUGACAAACGCAGUGUCAUAUACUCCGAGCGUCCAAAUUUAGUGAUGGCCGGUGAGCUCAUGGGUUGGAACGACAUAAUCGGCCUGGCUUCAUACGGCGAAACCUUCCGUGCUCAUCGCAAACUCCUUCACUCUGUUCUCGGAAGCAAGUCGACGAUACGGACAUUUUAUCCUAUGGAGGAGCAAGAAGCGCUCACCCUCAUGAAGCGGCUGCUCGACUCUCCAGAAAAACUUCAUUCGCAUAUUUCUCAGGAUGUCGCAGCAUUGGUCCUUCGCAUCACCUAUGGUUACGAAGUGAAAAAGGAGGACGAUGAAAUGGUGGCGCUCGUGAACCGUGCUAUGGAAGAGUUGUCGGUUGCCUCUACUCCAGGACAAUUUUUGGUCGAUAUCAUCCCGAUGCUGCGUCAUCUUCCGGAGUGGAUACCUGGCGCCGGAUUCCAAGUCAAAGCCAAGCAAUGGGCCCAGGAUUUGCGUAACAUGAUAAAUGUGCCUUACGACAUGGUCAAGAGGCAAAUUGCUACAGGAGAAGCCCCAGAGUGUUUUGUGUCAAAUCUGCUUCUGCAAGAAACCGAAGGUGUACAAGAGCAUGACCUGAAAUGGGCUGCAGGCGCGAUAUAUGCAGCCGGCGCUGACACUACUGUUGCCGCUCUCGACACGUUUUUUGUUCUGAUGAUGUUGUAUCCCGAUGUUCAGAAAAAGGCUCAGGCUGAGCUGGAUUCUAUACUUGGAGGAGACAGACUUCCCACGUUCGAUGACCAAGAAGACCUGCCGUAUAUCAACGCUUUGUGCAAGGAGCUUGUCCGAUUCCAUCCUGUCGCUCCCAUCGGCAUCCCUCACGGUACUCUCGAAGAUGAUGUCUUUGAAGGGCAUUUCAUUCCGAAAGGAUCGGUCGUUUUCGCCAACAUAUGGGCCAUGACGCAUGAUCCCGAAGUGUACAAAGACCCAAUGACAUUCAACCCUGAACGUUUCCUCGGUCCCAAUCCUGAACAAGAUCCUCGCGAAGUAAGCUUUGGAUUUGGCAGACGAUCUAAUCCCCUUUCAGGACGUCUCUUGGCUCAAGCGACAAUGUACAUCGUAUGCUCCAUGGCGCUCGUUUCCUUUGAUAUAUCAAAAGUAAAAGGUGACGAGCCUGUGUUCGAUCCCACCCACGGCAGUGUCAGGUAUGUCGGCAGCCACCCCGCACCCUUCAAGUGUAACAUAACUCCUCGGUCAAUACGAGCUGCGGAGCUCAUUUCACGACACGAUUAG